AUGGACUCUGAGAAAGUGUUCCGACCAUACUUCCACUUCUACUUCAUGAAGACUUGCAAUAGUCUGCGCAAAGGUGAUUGCUGUGGACACUUUAAAUCCACCAGUGAUGGCUACUUAAGCGACGGUAAUUUUUUCUACCACAAGAAAUGUGGAGACUCCCCUGAAUCUAUCCAACACCCAUCUCACUCUCUUCACACUCUUAAACUUCGCCACAAGCCUUGGACUGAAGAUAAGCUUCUUGUACCCAACAAAUGCGACAUAUGUGGCAAGAACAUCGUGAGUGUACACUAUCGUUGUGAGACCUGUGACUUCGAUAUGGAUCUAUACUGUGCAAUGUACCCACCACCAGAUGUUAUCAACAGCUCAGAGACGCAUCAGCACAAGCUCACUCUUCUCAAGGAGAAGACAGAGUUUGUCUGCGCUGCUAAAUGUGGGAAGACCAAUGUUGAGUUUCCUUACAAAUGUCAUGAAUGUGAUUCAGCCUUUCAUAUCGAUUGCGUAUGGAACCCGUUAAACCACCCUUCAGAGGUAAACCACUCUUACCACUCCUUGCACCCACUUAAGCUCUUUAGGGGUCUAGUACCUGAUUAUUCAGAUGGGAAAUGUCGUCUUUGCGGAAGAGAGGUUAUUGAUGCUGGAUUGUUUUAUCAUUGUUCUUCUUGUAACUUCACAUUGGACUGGCGUUGUGCUUUAGAGCCACCACCACAGUCACUUCUUGAUCUGAAAGCUCAUGAUCACCAGCUCACCCUUCUUCCAAGGCUCUUUUCUUUUACAUGUAAUGCUUGUGGGCUGAAGGGAUAUCGAAGCCCUUACAUGUGUGUUCAAUGUGAUUUCAUGAUCCACCAAGACUGUCUUGGUUUUCCAAGAAUCAUAAACAUCAACCGGCAUGAUCACCGUGUCUCUCGCGUUUCUCUCCUCGGUGUUGUGAAAUCUGUGUGUGGAGUUUGUCGCCGGAAAGUGGAUUGGACUUGUGGAGGGUUUUCUUGUCACAAGUGUCCUGGCUAUGUCGUUCAUUCGAAAUGUGCUACAAGAAACGAUGUAUGGAACGGGAAAGAGCUCGAAGGAGUACCUGAAGAAGAAGAAGAUAUAGAGCCGUAUGUGGUAAUAGAUGACAACACAAUACAUCAUUUCAGCCACAAAGAGCAUUACCUAAGACUCCACCACGCCAAUGGUAUUCUGUAUGAGGAGAACAAACGAUGCAACGCAUGCAUCCAUCUCAUUGGUCUCAAAUCUUUCUAUGGAUGUAUAGAUUGUGAUUUCACUCUCCACAAAAGCUGCGCUGAGUUUCCUAAGAAGAGAUGGCAUGUGCUACACAAUGAACGGCUUACUUUAGUUACAAGCAAGAUCGGUUUCUUCUGGUGUGAUGCUUGUCACAGAAUAUCCAAUGGCAUCAGGUACAUGCAUGGAGAUAAGAAGUUUGAUGUCAUGUGCAGUUCAGUUUCUGAGCCAUUUGUCCAUCAAAGUCAUCCUGAUCAUCCUUUAUACUACGUUCCAACAAACGAGGACAUAGUCUGCAUUAAUGGCUGCAAUAGGUCAGGCGUAGCUAAAGUGCUCAGAUGCAUUGAAGAUGAUUGUGAAUUCGUCUUAUGCUUCGAAUGUGCCACUCUACCACAAGUGGUAAAGCAUAGAAUAGACAAUCAUCCUCUCACAUUAUGCUAUGGCGAAGAGGCGAGUGGUAAAUACUGGUGUGACAUUUGUGAGAAAGAAACCAAUCCAAAGACAUGGUUCUACACCUGUAAAGAUAACCGGGCUAGUUUGCAUACAGAAUGUGUGCUCGGAGACACUACAUGGCUCAUGCCAGGAAGCACACUGAAGUAUUUUGAAAUAUCAUUUGAGGUGGUGCUCAAUAAAAGUGUGUCUCGCCCACUUUGCAGGGGCUGCAAGUCUCAUUGCAUGUACGCAAUCAUCUUGAAGGUGCCUAGAACCACAGGUACAUACUUUUGCUCUGUGAACUGCAUGUUUGGCAGCUGUGGAUCAUCAAACUCAUCAUUUAGCCGAAGUGGAGCAGGGAGGACAGAUCGUUACAUCUCCAAAAUGAAAUGA